AGACGAGGGUAUGCGGACCAAUGGAGAGCCGACGGAAGAGAGAGAAUAUCUAUAUAAAAGACAUUUCUCCGAAUACCAUAAGCUUCCUCCGAUUUUUCAGAAAAAAAGUAGACUCUAAUAAUCAGAGGUGAGGAUCUUCGAGGAUUUCCUGGUGGCGGUAAAGGAUGGCUUCGAAGCGGAUCUUGAAAGAACUCAAGGAUCUUCAGAAAGAUCCUCCUACCUCUUGCAGCGCAGGCCCAGUGGCAGAAGAUAUGUUUCACUGGCAAGCUACAAUUAUGGGUCCUCCUGAUAGUCCUUAUGCUGGUGGAGUGUUUCUAGUUACCAUUCAUUUCCCUCCAGAUUAUCCAUUUAAGCCACCAAAGGUAGCUUUCAGGACAAAGGUUUUCCAUCCCAAUAUCAACAGCAAUGGCAGCAUUUGCCUUGAUAUCUUGAAGGAACAAUGGAGCCCUGCUCUUACCAUUUCCAAGGUAUUGUUGUCGAUUUGCUCUCUGUUGACCGACCCGAACCCAGAUGACCCUUUGGUCCCUGAGAUUGCACACAUGUACAAGACGGAUAGGAACAAGUAUGAGACAACUGCAAGGAGCUGGACCCAAAAGUAUGCCAUGGGUUAGAUGAUGAUGAUGAUGAUGAUGCUGCUGCUGAUGUGUUUGUGUUUGUUACUGGUAAGGAAGGGCACCUUUUUAUCUUUUUCCUUUUGUGGGUUUUUGCUUAUUUUUAAUUUCAAGAAAAAAAAUGUGUGGAAUUUUAAUAUGCGUCUAUUGUAAGAUAGACUUUAAAAAAAAAGGGAAAAGGUGAACUCCUUCAGACGCUCUUCCUGUUGCUUUUAAUUUUGUAUGGAAAAAUAUUUGCCUUUCCAAACUAUAUCUAACUCUUCUUCUUUAA